CUAUGGUGCCAGGGCUGCGAUACCUGCGUGUUGCCUCCGUACGGGCCCGCCGGGGGCUCCUUGAGGCGUGCGGGCCGGCGUUGAGGAGGCCUGGGUCGCUGCGUGUGUCUGGUCGCGGCACCAGCACUAGCACCAGCUCGUUUGACGUAGUCAUUGUUGGUGGUGGAAUUGUGGGGCUUGCCUCUGCCAGAGCGCUUAUCCUGCGACAUCCAGCACUUUCGAUCGGAGUUCUGGAAAAGGAGAAAGAUUUAGCUGUUCACCAGACUGGACAUAACAGUGGUGUCAUACAUAGUGGAAUUUAUUAUAAACCUGAAUCUCUGAAAGCUAAAUUAUGUGUACAAGGUGCAGCCCUUCUCUAUGAGUAUUGUAACCAAAAGGGAAUUUCCUACAAGCAAUGUGGCAAGCUUAUAGUGGCCGUUGAACAAGAAGAAAUUCCAAGACUUCAGGCCCUAUACGAGAGAGGCCUGCAGAAUGGUGUCCAAGGCCUGAGGUUGAUCCAGCAGGAGGAUAUAAAGAAGAAGGAGCCAUAUUGUAGGGGUCUGAUGGCUAUUGAUUGUCCAUAUACUGGCAUUGUGGACUAUCGGCAGGUGGCUUUGUCGUUUGCCCAGGAUUUCCAAGAAGCAGGUGGCUCUGUCUUGACCAACUUCGAAGUAAAAGAUAUUGAAAUGGCUAAAGAAAGCCCUUCUAGAAGUAAAGAUGGAAUGAAAUAUCCAAUUCUUAUAAAGAAUACAAAGGGAGAGGAAAUUCAAUGUCAGUAUGUUGUGACAUGUGCAGGACUUUACUCAGACCGGAUUUCAGAGAUGAGUGGCUGCAGCCCUGAUCCUCAGAUUGUACCAUUCCGGGGAGAUUAUCUGCUCUUGAAGCCAGAAAAAUGCUAUCUUGUAAAAGGAAAUAUUUAUCCGGUCCCAGAUAGCCGGUUUCCUUUCCUAGGAGUUCACUUCACACCAAAAAUGGAUGGCAAUAUUUGGCUGGGGCCUAAUGCAGUUCUUGCCUUUAAGAGGGAGGGUUACAGACCCUUUGACUUCAAUGCCAGAGAUGUUAUGGAUAUAAUUAUAAAUAGUGGCCUGAUUAAACUGGCAUCCCAGAAUUUCUCAUAUGGAGUUAAUGAAAUGUAUAAAGCCUGUUUUCUUGGAGCAACAGUGAAGUAUCUUCAAAAGUUCAUCCCUGAAAUUACUGUCAGUGAUAUACUUAGAGGUCCAGCAGGAGUAAGAGCCCAAGCUCUGGAUAGAGCUGGAAAUCUGGUAGAAGAUUUUGUAUUUGAUGGAGGAGUUGGGGAUCUUGGAAACCGCAUUCUUCACGUGAGAAACGCACCUUCCCCUGCUGCCACUUCUUCCAUCGCAAUUUCUGAAAUGAUUGCAGACGAAGUACAACAGAGAUUCGAACUGUAAAUAAUGAGAGAAACUAGUUGUUCAGUGUAGUCUCCAUGUCAGCAACAAGAAUGUACUAAUUGCAUUCUUCAAUUUAAAAAAUAAAGUUUUUAGGCUGGGUGAGGUGGCUCACACCUGUAAUCCUAGCAUUC